AUGAGCAAAGAAAGCGGAAAGGUUCUACAAGUCAACUAUUCGGACUCGGAAACCUCCAACGGAGAAGACCAGUACGUCCACAAGAUAAAACCUGUAGAGGAUGAGGACGACACGUCGAUGAUGAUGUCUUUCGACAAUCACAAGCCCACUAUUACUAUCAUUAUCUUAACCGUGAUGGCAUCGUUUUCUGGAUUCAUGUUUGGUUUUGACACAGGUUACAUCUCGUCAGCCCUGGUGUCCAUUGGUACGGAUUUGGACAAUAAGGUUCUUACUUAUGGAGAGAAGGAACUGAUCACCUCUGCAACCUCGUUGGGAGCUUUGUUGUCAGCCAUAUCUGCUGGUUUGUUGGCCGAUAUUAUCGGAAGAAAACCCGUCAUCAUGGGAUCAAAUUUGCUGUUUGUCGUUGGUUCUGUCAUUCAAUGUGCUGCCAAUACCGUUUGGACCAUGAUUGGUGGUCGUUUUGUGAUGGGUUUUGGUGUGGGUAUCGGUUCGUUGAUUGCUCCAUUAUACAUCGGUGAAAUGGCUCCUUCUCGUUUCAGAGGCCGUUUGGUUAUUAUUAACGUCAUCGCCAUUACCGGAGGUCAGUUGGUUGCUUAUGCUAUUGGAGCUGGACUUACUCAUGUUCACAAUGGCUGGAGAAUUCUGGUUGGACUGUCUAUCAUUCCACCUGUUAUUCAACUGUUCGUUUUCUUCUUCCUUCCUGAAACACCAAGAUUCCUCAUUAUGACCAACAAGUUAGAGAAAGCCGCCAAAGUCAUCGGCAAAACUCAUAACGAAUCUGAUGAAGAGUUGAUCCAAACCAAAAUAUUAGAAAUUCAAAGCGCAAACGCCAUCAUCCCAGGAUCAAACCCAUUCCAGAAGACCUGGAAUGCCAUCAAGGAAAUUCACAGGGUUCCUUCCAACUUCAGAGCUUUGGUUAUUGGAUGUGGUUUGCAAGGUAUUCAACAAUUCACAGGCUUCAAUUCUUUAAUGUACUUUUCAGCUACUGUUUUCGAAACAAUUGGAUUCAAAAAUUCUACCGCUGUUUCCCUGAUUGUCGCAGGUACAAACUUCAUUUUUACAUCAAUCGCAUUUUUUGUCAUUGACAGAGUCGGAAGAAGAAGAAUCCUUCUGAUAGGUGUUACAGGAAUGAUUCUUUCUUUGGUUAUGUGUGCUGUCGCAUUUCAUUUCCUGGACAUCCACUUCAGUGGCCACAACGCCAUUGUCGAGACUAAUGGUAUCAGUGGUACUGGUGUAGCUAUCAUCGUCGGUAUGAUCCUAUACGUUGCAAGUUACGCUCUUGGUAUUGGAAACGUUCCUUGGCAACAAUCUGAAUUGUUCCCUCAAUCUGUCAGAGGUGUUGGUUCUGCUUACUGUACCGCUGUUAACUGGUCUGGAUCUCUGGUAAUUGCUUCCACUUUCCUAACCAUGCUGGAGAAUAUUACACCAACUGGAACGUUUUCUUUCUUUGCCGGAUUGUCUUUCGUUUCCUUAAUCUUUGUGUUCUUUUGCUACCCUGAGUUGUCUGGUCUGAAAUUGGAAGAGACCCAAGAGAUACUGACUGGUGGAUUCAACAUCAAGGCAUCUUUGAAGUUGGCCAAGCAAAGGAGAAAUAAGCAAUUAGAGGACCCCGACAAGAUUGUGCAUAAGGUGGUAGAUCAAGUUUAA